AUGGACCGGUCAUUGCGGUGCUUCACCAACUGCCUUCUCUGCAUCCAGGGCGAAUUGGUCGCACAAGAUCUCUACUUCAGCGCGGACGCCGGCCUGAUCACUCCGAAUUACUACUACCGAAGUGAAGGCGUCGAGAGGAUAGAUCUGAAUGGCCGCAUCGUCGCGCCAGGAUACCUGGAGCUGCAGACGAACGGCACGCACGGGGUGCACUUCACUCGGCUGGCGAAGGCGGGAGCCGAGAGUCCUCAAGAAACCGAGCGGAAGCUGCACGAGGUCAGCAGGGUCGAACUUAGCCAUGGCGUUACGGCGUGGUGGGCGACUGUGCCUACCGUCGCCGUCGACGAAUGGACAAAGAUAGUGCCCGCACUGAAGCCGCGGACGUUCGCAUCCGGCGCGGAACUGCUGGGCGCUCAUGUCGAGGGGCCUUUUCUCAAUCCGUCCAAAAAGGGGGCGCACAAGGCGGACUACCUUCAAACACCGACUGAGAUAUCCCCGGUCAAGCUCUACGGUCGUGAGAACCUCAAAGAUGUGGUGAAACUGGUCACCCUGGCACCAGAACUACCCGGAUCAACCGCACUGAUCGGUCAGCUGCAGGAAGAAUUCCCUCACGUUGUCAUCUCACUAGGCCAUUCGGCUGCUACCUUCGAGGAAGGGCUUGUCGCGCUCCAGCUGGGUGCGCGGGCGUUGACACACGUCUUCAAUGCGACAAGCCCUCUGCAUCACCGAAACCCCGGGCUGGCAGGACUCAUGGCAACCGGCAAAUGCUACUUCUCGGUCAUUCCCGACGGCAUCCACUUACACCCGGCAGUCCUGACGCUGAGCAUGCGUGCAGACCCCAAGAAAUGCGUCUUCAUCACGGACAGCAUCGAGUUGGCAGGGCUACCUGAUGGGGUUCAUCCUGGCCACGGACAGAUUGACCAGCGGCAGUAUAAGCAGGGCAACAAAGUAACCAUCGAAGGCACGGAUACACUGAUAGGCAGCUGUUGUACCUUGGACGAGUGCGUGCGGAAUGCGGUCGCAUUUACCGGGUGCAAUCUGGCCGAAGCCAUCCAGUGUGUUACGGAGAACAUAGCAGAUAUGAUGGGCGAGACUAAGAGAGGAACACUUGAGCCUGGACGCAGAGCAGAUUUUGUGAUUCUCGACCAGGAGGGCUAUGUUCAAGAGACGUGGAUGGGCGGAAGCAAGGUCUGGUCAGGUUCAUCAGCUCCCUAA